AUGCAUCCCUUCUACACUCGGGCUGCCACCAUGAUAGGCAAGAUUGCUGCCACCGUGUCCUUCUUCUCCAAGUUCCUCCACACCAGGGGGCUCACGAGCGAGCAACAGCUGCAGACCUUCAGCCAGAGCCUGCAGGAGCUGUUGGCAGAACAUUAUAAACAUCACUGGUUCCCAGAAAAGCCAUGCAAGGGAUCGGGUUACCGUUGUAUUCGCAUCAACCAUAAAAUGGGGCCAGGCGCGGAUCCUAUGAUUGGACAGGCAGCACAGCGGAUUGAAGUGAGCAGUCAGGAGCUGUUCAGGCUUCUCCCAAGUGAACUCACACUCUGGGUUGACCCUUACGAAGUAUCCUACAGAAUUGGAGAGGAUGGCUCCAUCUGUGUGCUGUAUGAAGCCUCACCAGCAGGAGGUAGCACUCAAAACAACACCAACGUGCAAGUGGUAGACAGCCGAAUCAGCUAUAAGGAGGAACUUCUCUUGGACAGAACGAGCCCUUCCAAAAACUACAAUAUGAUGACUGUAUCAGGUUAAGAUAUAGUCUAUGGAUGGAUCAUCUUAUAGUGAUGGAUAAAUUUGAUAUUUGCUUUGGGUGGGCUCCUCUUGGGGACUGGAUUACGGAAUUUAAACCAUGUCACAGCUGUGAAGAUCUGGCACAAGAUAGAGUGGUAAAAAAAAUUGUUAAGUGACAGUGCCAUAGUGCCUUUCAGUGAUUAAUUUUAAUAGCCUGUGAGUCCAAGUAAAUGAUCACUUUAUUUGCUAGGGAGGGAAGUCCUAGGGUGGUUUCAGUUUCUCCCAGACAUACCUAAAUUUGUACAUCAAUCCCUUUAAAGAAAAUCUGUAUUUCAAAGAAUCUUUCUCUGCAGUAAAUCUCGCAGAGGAAUUUGCACUAUUACACUUGAAAAUUGUUAUUGUUAACCUUUUUGGCAGCUCAAUAGGAAAGCUAAACGUUUCAAACAUGAUAGUACUGGAAAUUUUACAAGAGUUUUACCUAGCACUUAAAUAUGUAUAAAUGUACAUAAAGACAAACUAGUAAGCACGACCUGGGGAAAUGGUCAGAUCUUGUAUUGUGUUUUUGGCCUUGAAAGUAGCAAGUGACCAGAAUCUGCCAUGGCAACAGGCUUUUAAAAAGACCCUUAAAAAGACACCGUCUCAACUGUGGUGUUAGCACCAGCCAGCUCUCUGUACAUUUGCUAGCUUGUAGUUUUCUAAGACUGAGUAAACUUCUUAUUUUUAGAAAAGUGGAGGUCUGGUUUGUAACUUCCCUUGUACUUAAUUGGGUAAAAGUCUUGUCCACAAACCACCAUCUAUUUUGUGAACUUUGUUAGUCAUCUUUUAUUUGGUAAAUUAUGAACUGGUGUAAAUUUGUACAGUUCAUAUAUAUUGAUUGUGACAAAGUUGUACAGAUUUCUAUAUUUUCGAUGAGAAAUUUUUCUUCUCUCUAUAAUAAAUUGUUUCUUAUC